CAGGCCGCCUUAACUUGACCCGGCUCCACUGCAGCCGCGCAUCUUCCUUAGAGGCCCCGGAUGUAGAUGGUUUAGCUCAGUGGGUGUGGCCUCGCUGUAAGGCUUUUUUAUUGGCUGUGGGCUUUCCGGCUGGACGUGGAUGCGGAAGAGGGUGCUGUGUUCGACGCACUUUGCGCUGAGGGGACAACCAAUCAGAAGCCUGGCCAAGCUUUGGCGGGAGGCGGGAACGCUGAGUCCGUGAGAAUUUGGCGCGAGCUCGGCUGGCCUUUGCUGUUGCUGGUGUGUGGUUUUUGGGGAGCUUGUCGAGGAGAAUCCCUGAGGCCGUGUGCGUGACAGAGAAGUGAGAAAAAGACUGCACUGAGCUUGCUGCCGUCAUGCCUCGAACCCGGUCUCAAUCACAGGCUACGAUUAACUUUCCAAAAAAGAAGCCAUCUCGGACAUUGGGCAAAGCUAAAAAUUGUAGUGACACCAAACUAGAACUGAUUAAUGUCCAGGCUGUCCCUUGUUCUCCUUGUGUAAAAACUCAGCCUCUCAGCCCCAGAAAACGUCUAGGUGAUGACAACCUGUGCAACACUCCCCAUUUGCCUCCAUGUUCUCCACCAAAGCAAGGCAAGAAAGAGAACGAUCCGCCUCACUCACAUACACCUAAGGGGCGCAGAUUGCUAUUUGAUAAUCAGCUAACAGUUAAGUCUCCUAGCAAAAGAGAUCAGGCCAGAGUUCACAAAAGUAAAACACUUUCUUCAGUUCGGAAAGGUCAAGAGAUCGCAACAACUCCUGAGCAGAGAUAUCCUCUGGAGAAAGAAUCUGCAUGUGUGAGACUCUUCAAGCAAGAAGGCACUUGCUACCAACAAGCAAAGCUAGUCCUGAAUACAGCUGUCCCAGAUCGGCUGCCUGCCAGGGAAAAGGAGAUGGACAUCAUCGGGAAUUUCCUGAGGGAGCACAUCUGUGGGAAAAAAGCUGGAAGUCUUUAUCUUUCUGGUGCUCCUGGAACUGGAAAAACUGCCUGCUUAAGCAGAAUUCUGCAAGACCUCAAGAAGGAACUGAAAAGCUUUAAAACUAUUAUGCUAAAUUGCAUGUCCUUGAGGAGUGCUCAGGCUGUAUUCCCAGCUAUUGCUCAGGAGAUUUGUCAGGAAGAAGUAUCCAGGACAGCUGGAAAGGACAUGAUGAGGAAGUUGGAAAAACAUAUGACUGCAGAAAAGGGCCCCAUGAUUGUGCUGGUGUUGGACGAGAUGGAUCAGCUGGACAGCAAAGGGCAGGAUGUAUUGUACACACUAUUUGAAUGGCCAUGGCUAAGCAAUUCUCGACUGGUGUUGAUUGGUAUUGCUAAUACUUUGGAUCUUACGGACAGAAUUCUACCUAGGCUUCAAGCAAGAGAUAAAUGCAAACCACGGCUUUUGAACUUCUCACCUUACACCAGAAAUCAGAUAGCCACUAUUUUGCAGGAUCGACUUAAUCAGGUGUCUAGAGAUCAGGUUCUGGACAAUGCUGCAAUUCAGUUCUGUGCUCGCAAAGUCUCUGCUGUUUCGGGAGAUGUUCGCAAAGCACUAGAUGUUUGCAGGAGAGCUAUUGAAAUUGUGGAGUCGGAUGUCAAAAGCCAGACUAUCCUCAAACCACUGUCUGAACGUAAAUCACCCUCUGAGUCUCUGGUCCCCAAGCAGGUCAGUCUUAUUCACAUAUCCCAAGUCAUUUCAGAAGUUGAUGGUAACAGGAUGGCUUUGAGCCAAAAAGGAGCACAAGAUUCCUUCCCUCUUCAGCAGAAGAUCUUGGUCUGCUCUUUGCUCCUCUUGACCAGGCAGCUGAAAAUCAAAGAGGUCACUCUGGGGAAGUUGUAUGAAGCCUAUAGUAAUGUCUGUCGCAAACAGCAGGUGGCAGCUGUGGACCAGUCAGAGUGUUUGUCACUUUCAGGUCUCUUGGAGGCCAGGGGCAUUUUAGGAUUAAAGAAAAACAAGGAAACCCGCUUUACAAAGGUGUCUUUGAAGAUUGAAGAGAAGGAGAUAGAGCAUGCUCUGAAAGACAAAGCUUUAAUUGGAAAUAUCUUAGCUGCUGGAUUGCCUUAAAUCUUUUUUCUCUUCCACCAGUACCUCACCUGUCCAGUUGGCAUAUAGAGAGCUACAGAGUAUUCAUUUUAGUACUUUAUACAUUCAGAUCUGAAAACAAAUAGGACCUUUUUUUACCUGAAACCAAUGAAUUUUAAUCUAUAGGCAUGAAUAUUAAUACAAAAUAAUAUCUUAGGGACUUUUUAAUUUUUACCCAUAAAAAUGACCAACUAGACCCUUUUAAAAUGAUAUUCACUACCUCUACCAUUUGUAUGUCUCUAGCCAGAAUGCUUGCAAGUAUGCAGAAUUAUGUUGUGGAAAGUACAUAUAUUUGCCUGUUAGUGUCCUCAGACUUUGGUGUAUUUUGUUAAGAACUUUGGAGUUAGAGUAAGAAGCAUGAAAAAUAAUCCAGGAAAAUAAGCAACUGCAUAUGGAAAUUUGGAAGACUCUUUAGUGUCUUUUUGGAGUAUACUGUGUACUUGUUGCAGAUGCUACCACAUUGUUACAACUUAAGGACUCAUUGAGUUUCUUGGGCAGUCCCAAGGUUGUGGGGUGGUAAGGAGAAUGUAACUCUAC